UCUAGAGUCAAAAAAGAACCUGAUCAAUGACGAUGAUUUCCCGAAGUAUCAAACAAGCAAACCGAUAAAAUACGAGACGAUCAGACCAAAGAACCCGUACAGCCCUCCAUCUUGGUACACCCCGAAAACGCUCGAAUUUAAACCGCUGGAGACGACGACUGCGCCAACGCAGGCUCCGACGACUGUAGUUGCAGUGACCACGAAGACUUGGAAAAGGAGGACGGACACUGUCUGGUGGGCGACGCCUUUACCGAAAGUUACCUGGCGAUUCUUACCUGACCAACAGCCGCCAUGGAUCAAAGGGUUGCCGACGUCAUCUACGACGAUGGUGCCAGUCACGAGAACGCUCGCUCCUAUUUUUAGACCUUUGCCGAGGUACACCUGGAGGCAGAAGCCGAGCUUCCUGGUCACCAUACCUCCAUCUGCUACAACAUCAACGACGACAACAACACCAACAAUCUCGUCAACAACGUCAUCUACACCAUCAACACCAACAACUGGUUCUACUUCCACGGCAACGACGCAGGCUCCCACGACAGCUCCUACGACAACCACAGCUACGACUUCAGCAGCGACACUGACGACAACAGCCAUGGAAGCCAACACCACCAUUGCUGCAGAGACGACUACGCAUGCGCCGACUACUCCGAGUUCAACUUUGCCACAUCGUGCACAGAUGGCAGAGCACUGCGGCAUCAUGGCCCGGCCGAUGAUCAUCGGGGGUCGAAGGUCGAGGGCAGGUCAGUGGCCGUGGCAGGUGUCGCUGCAGAUCAUCGCCUCCGUGCAGCCUUGGCACCGGUGUGGCGGGGUGCUCAUCCACCCGUCCUGGGUCCUGACGGCGGCGCACUGCGUGGAAGGACCUUUUUACGGGGACGUGCGAAACUGGCGCGUGGUGCUGUCCGAGGACAACCUGGAGGUGGAGUCUGGCCGCGAGAUUUACCGGCGUAUCGCCAGGAUUAUAAGCCAUCCCGGGUACAUCCGCACCAGCAACUUCCCAAACGACGUGGCCUUGCUGCAGCUGGACGAGGGCGCGGACCUAACGACUGGGGAGAUCCGGGUGGCUUGUCUGCCUGAAGAAGACGACUUGCCGCCGGACUUCAGCGAAUGCUGGAUCAGUGGCUGGGGAGAAACCAGGGGAUACGGGGGACACGAGAAUGCGAUGAACGAACUGCCGGUGCAGAUCCUGGAGAACACCGACUGCUCCUCCAUGUGGCUCCGUGUGGGCAUCCACGUGCUGGACGACCAGCUGUGUGUGGGCUACGGCGACACUGGGGCGUGCUACGGGGAUUCAGGUGGCCCACUGAUGUGCGAGAUGAAUGGCCGGUUCUACAUCACGGGGGUGAUGAGCUGGCUGAUCAACAACUGCUCGGCGCGAGGCUUUCCCAACGUCUUCACGAGGGUGACGAGUUAUCUGGACUGGAUCUACGAGAAGCUGGACUUCUACGAGUGGUGGCGCUACAACUGACGACGCUGGCGAUGUAGUCGUCUUUCUUGGUGUGGAUGUGAGUGAGAGAGUGAGUGAAGGAAACAGGCGAGUCUGAUCACUGUCAUUGGUAUUGCAUGAAUGAAUGACUGGGGCUCGGUUGACGAGGAGACAAGGUUCAUAAUCAUACAACAGGUAGUAGCCGUUCAUCAUCACCCGAAACAUAGUGAGUGUUGAGGUUCAUCAUUAUUCAAAACCACUGGUCGUAAUAUCACAUAGAUGACAUGUACAAUCACUCCAUGCUGCUGCUCUUGUGAAAAUUCAAAUCAAUGUUAUACAGUGGUAUUGUAAACGAAUAUUAUGUGUAUAUAUAUAUAUUUAUAGCAAAUAAAAUAUAAAAAUAAGAGCAUAUUUAACAACCAGGUUGAAUGUAUGAUCAUAUGAGGUUCUAAAGAUUGUACGAAACAUGAAUUAACCCUUCGAACUCAAUAUCUCAUUCACUAUUUUUUUUUCUGUAGUAAAUAGGACCCCAACUAUAGAUUCUGCUGUUUCCUUACCAACAACAACAACAACAACAAAAAUCGAAAUGAAAAAAAAUAUAUAAAAAGAUUGCAUUCUGAAAUACUGACCAUAUGAUUUUCUGCAUUUUUUUUUUUUUUAAAUUAGAGCUCCACCAUCAAUGAUUCUGCUUUCUUACGGGAUGAAAAUGAGAGAAAACUAAAGAUGGUUAGCUGGAAGUCGUUUUUCCCUUAGUUAUUUUAUGAAUGUUUACCUAUAUAUAUAUAUAUGAGAUAUUUAAAUCGUUAUAACAACCAGGCUUUUGUCAGUCUGUAUUUCUUUUGUCUGGUGGCUAAAGCUCUGGCGGGAGGAGAGUGCUCAAAGAUCAGUUUUGCAUUUAACAAUAAAUGCUAUCAUAUCUUAUCUGCCAAAACCCUCAUAGUACAGAUUUAUAUAUCAAAACAUAAAAUAAAGUAUCUUCUAAAAAUGAAAUUGAUAAUUCAAUAGAUUAUAAAACAUUCUCUUUUCAUUUAUAUUUUUAAAAGAAAUAUGAAGCUUACAUAGCUUCUCGAGGCUCAGGUCAAGGGAAACAAUCUUUGUUUUGCAUUGAGUGUGAUUACGUACCUUGAGCAAGAAGGGAAAUUUUGCGACGAAAAAUCAAAAUUAUUACUGUAUUUGAAUGAACACCCGCUGGUGCAAAUAAAUACUAAGGACAUCCACACCGUUUAUAAGACUCCAAUAGUUUUCACCUAUUGUCUACUGUUGCUGAGAUACACACAUGUACCACGUGGUGGGUUAGUUUUCUUUUUCACCAUUUCGGUUGUUGUUGUUGUGGAUGAUGAUGAUGAUGAUGAUAACAUGUUUGGCUGUUUUGACUUCUCAUUUUACCUGUAAUCAAUAUUGUACAGACUUUCCCACAAUUUCAACACAAUUUUCCACUUGUCGACUGUAUUUACAGUAUUGUAUAUUACAGCAUAUGCUCUACACUACCAUCAGCAAACUUGCUUUAAUUUUCAAAUCGGACUGCUGGUAAUUAUGAACAAUGCAUAGCGACAGCAUUGUCAUAAAACUGAAUUUCGCAGUCUUUUAUCACAUCAUGACGACCUUGUAAAUAUACAUUUAAUAUUUUUAUAUUUUUACAGAUCCUUGUAUAUAUUUUAUAUAUUUAUAGUCUUGUUGAAUGACGGUUGAUACUGCAGGAAAUAAAGCUUGCUAAC